CGGGCUCGCGCGGCCCCGCCCCGCCCCGGAUGCAGUCGCUGCCCGGUUCCUGCGCGCCCCGCGAUGUCGCUCGUGGCCGAGGCCUUCGUCACCCAGCUGGCCGCCGCAGAGCCUUGGCCAGAAAAUGCUGCAUUGUAUCAGCAACUGAAGGAUGAACAAAUUUUGCUUUCUGAUAAUGCAUCUUCCCUUGCUGUUCAGGCCUUUUUGCAAAUGUGCAAUCUGCCAAUCCGGGUGGUUUGCAGGGCAAAUGCUGAGUACAUGUCCCCAUCUGGCAAAGUACCCUUUAUUCACGUGGGAAAUCAAGUGGUGUCUGAGCUUGGGCCCAUAGUCCAGUUUGUGAAAGCCAAGGGCCAUUCUCUCAGUGAUGGAUUGGAUGAAGUCCAAAAAGCUGAGAUGAAAGCCUACAUGGAAUUAGUCAAUAAUAUGCUCUUGACAGCAGAGCUCUAUCUUCAGUGGUGUGACGAUGCUACAGUAGAGGAGAUUACUCACCCGAGGUAUGGCUCUCCUUACCCGUGGCCUCUUAAUCGCAUUUUGUCCUAUCAGAAGCAGUGGGAGGUAAGGCGAAAGAUGAAAGCCAUUGGAUGGGCUGGCAAGACACUUGACCAGGUGCUUGAGGACGUAGAUCAGUGUUGUCAGGCUCUCUCCCAGAGAUUAGGAACACAACCAUAUUUCUUCAAUAAGCAACCAACUGAAUUGGAUGCUCUGGUAUUUGGACAUCUGUUCACAAUCCUUACUACUCAACUAAUCACUGACGAACUCUCUGAGAAAGUGAAAAACUACAGUAACCUCACGGCCUUUUGUCGGCGCAUAGAGCAGCAGUACUUUGGGGGUCACGAUAAAGACAGCUCUGCAACUGCCACGGCCCGAUCUGCUAAAAGGUCCUUACUGAGAUAAGCACAUUGUGUGCUGGCUGGGGUGGGUUGCAUUUCAGUUUGGGGUUUUGGUGUGUUAGCUUUUUUGAAGCUGCCAAAUCAUUCUGGAUAAAGAAAACACUCUAAAUGCAGUUUUUGUGUUGUAGAAUAUACUGUGCACGUUUAACCUAAAAUGACUGCAUGGGCACUUCCACUUUUAAUAGCCUGCAUGCCACUUACUUUGAAGUGACCUUGGAAAGAUAUUGUAUCUGUAUUAAAAAAAGUAAAAUACUUUCAAAAGUUUC